AUGAUGAACCCUUUAGACGCGUUGUCAUUGGCAGGAACGAUUAUUCAAUUCGUGGAUUUCAGCUGGAAGGUGUUGGUUGGUACUAAUGAACUGUACAAAUCGGGUGCUGAGGCGUUAGCCGUUCACCAACAAUUGGGUCUUGUGGCGGAUGAUCUCAAUAAGAUGUCCAAGAGGCUCUCGGAUUCAUACUGCGGCUUAUCUGAGAUGGGAGUCAUUUCUACACCAUCAGAUGACGCGUUUAUCUUCAUCUGCAGAGAAGCAUCAGAAUUGGCCAUUGAAUUGAAUCGAAAGCUGAACAAUUUGAAAGUGGCAGCUAUUGGCAAGCGCAGGAAAUGGGAGACUGUGAUGCAAGCGCUGAAGUCAGUUUGGACUGAGAAGGAAUUGACGACUUUAACGAAUCGCUUGACAUUGUUGAGAGAUUCAAUUCAGAUGCAUGUCGUUGUAGAUCUUCGGGAUCAGCUCAAAUCUAUAUCGCCGAGUCAAGAAGUUGGCUUCGACCGCCUUGAUACUAGUACAAAGACUAUCGUCACUGCCCUUCUCACCCAUCAAGAUGAAGUCAGCAAAGGGAUCCAAGAUCAAACGAUAGCGAUUACUCAGUUACUCGGUAGAAUGGAGAUUCUAGCUGAGAAGCACAUGUUUCCGCCAGGAAUUUUGCAGCAGAUUGAAAAGAUUGAAAUAAACCAGAGCCAAAGCUUGAUACUCGCCGGAACACAAACAUCUCAAAAUCAGCUGUUGCAUAAAUCUGAGUGGCAAGAAACGGCACUCCGCUUGCAGAUUACUCAAUACCUUGUUCAAAAUCUAAAGUUCCUAGCAUUGAAAGAACGUGAAGAAACUAUCGCGGAUGUAUAUCGAGGAACAUUCGAGUGGCUAUUCAACGACAGUCAUGAAUCUACACCGUGGCAUAGUUUUGUCUAUUGGUUGGAACAUGGAUCUAAUAUUUAUUGGAUCAAUGGAAAAGCGGCUUCCGGAAAGUCAACACUAAUGAGAUUCAUAUGUGAUCACAGUAAAACGAAGGAACUUUUAGAAAAAUGGUCGGCUCCGCUACCCAUUAUCACAGCCAAGUUUUAUUUUUGGAAUAGCGGGAGCCUUGUACAAAGGUCUCUAAGCGGUUUUCUUCGAGCUCUUCUUUCCCAAAUUCUGGGACAUCUUCCUGAUCUUCUCCCUAUCUGUUUUCCCCAAAGGUGGGUCAAAAUCUACACUGAUUCGGUCAGACCGUUCUGUGGACUACACCAAAAGUUUCAAUCAAUGGAAAUGGAGCACUGGAGUUUAACUGAAUUGCAGGCUGCAAUGCGGAGCCUCGUAAGUCAAAGCGUACAACACUUCAAACUUUGUUUGUUCGUUGACGGUCUUGACGAAUAUGAGGGAGGACCUUCGGCUAUUACUGGAUACUUUAGCAUGCUCGCUCAGGUACCGUGGCUGAAAAUAUGCGUCUCCAGUCGUCCGUUACUUGGAUUCGAUGAUGCUUUUGGAUCCGGGCCAUCAAUGCGGCUGCAAGAUCUCACACGUAUCGAUAUUAGCCAUUAUGUCAAGUCGAGUCUCCAAGACAAUGUCAACUAUCAACGAUUUUGCGUGGAACAGCCCAUUCAAGCACUGACUCUAAUUAGAAAUAUUGUAUCGCGAGCAGACGGGGUUUUCUUGUGGGUUAGGCUUGUAUUACAGGAGGUUUUAAGAGGUCUCGACAAUCGAGACGGCUUGCAAGAUCUACAGGAACGUAUAGAAAUAGUGCCGCAAGACCUGGAAGAACUGUUCUCCUCGAUGCUUGGAAAAAUCGAGCCCUUUUAUAGAAAGAAAGCUGCAUCAAUUUUUCUGAUUGUCCGAGCGGCAAACGUACAUCAGAGGAGCGUCAAGUCAUUAGACACGCUGAUUCUAUCCUUUGCUCUUGAUUAUGGCACCAUUCGUUUCGCAGAUAUCAGAUUCAACUUUCAGGACCUAGAGAUGAAAAACAAAGAGAUUAGUGAUCACUUCAAAGUGCGAUGUGCAGGAUUGCUCGAGGCGGGACCAAGAUACUCCCCAGGCUUUGAAUAUCUUGGACAUCAUUUCACUUAUUUGCAUCGUAGCGUCCGAGAAUAUUUAGAACGUUCAGAAAUACAUCAGAAGUUCAUGAAAGAUGGCGCGGGAAGAGGCUUUGAGCCACACACUGCCCUUAUGUGCUCAUACAUCAAAGAACUUCAGAUUUCCGAACCUCGGAAAGACAUCUUGAAUCAACCUUCGGGCCUUCCUUUAUUUGUGGCAACAGUCCUUCAUUUCGCCCACGAUGCCGACAUUGCGGGCUCCGAUGCUUACGUUGAGCCAUUAGAUACAUUUGCGACAUUGACGCACAGUGCGAGGUCCAAAAGUAUCAUUUGGGCACCAGCGAAGUUCUCUUCUUUUGUACACAUCGCAACCAAAUGGGAUCUUUGUGCAUACGUCAGAGUUAUUUUAGAAAAACUCACCUCCGAAACGAAAGGAAUUGUUGCUCAGGCCUUGUUAGCAUAUGCGCUUGCGGGAACAGAUGAAUACUACGUGCACGGUAUGGAGCAAAUGGAGAACUCGGAUUAUCGGCGAGAUCGAUUUCCUCCUAGCAAUCGCAUGAUAGAAUUACUUUUGGAACACGGAGCGCAGCCUAACAAAAAACUUAAAGACUUUCCAGACCUUUGUGAAUGGACUGCGUUUGAGAUAGCCGUUCGCAAUAUCUGCGCAAUCCUACCGCCCGUGGACACGGAAGAAAGUGAAAAUCCGCAAUAUUCUGAGGAGGAAAAGUCUUUGGUCUCGAACCAUUUAGCAAUUGUCAAACUCAUGCUGGACAACGGGGCAAAUGCGAAUACGACGCUCAAUUGCAACGGACGAAUAGUUACCUCUAGAAAAUUGUUGACUGAGACUCUGGGAAAAUAUUGGAGGAGCAAGGUGUCGACUGUGGAUAAAAUGUUUAGUCAGAAAGGUGGUAAACUAGAACCUUCAAUGAUUAGGAGGUGGAUCAUGACUCACUAG